AUGGCUUCGGAACGAUUUGACCGUCAGUUGCGGUUAUGGGGUGAGGCGGGCCAAAUAUUGAUCGAGGAAUGUAUCGUGAUACUUGAUGGGAUUGAUGGAGUUAACGAAGAGAUAGCUAUGAGUUUAUGCGCUACAGGGUCUGGUUGUUUAUUAUCCGGAUGA